AUGGCUCGCAGGUUCAAGCUGUUCAGGUAUGCCGCGAAGUACGUGCACUCCUUGAACACUUCCGUUCCUGCGGAUCCGUGGGAGGCGGCCAUUUACCUUGGUAAGAGGAGGGAGGCCAAGCUGCUUCUCGUGAGAGACGAGGAGGACGUCUCGCACCUAGAUGAGUGCCACAUGCCCACGAGCUUGGUCCGUUCGCUGAUGGCGGAGAUCCGUAUCUGGAUGAGCGUGAUAUGA